AUGAAAACUUCAGAUCCCAGUUUUUCUGUUCAUGUUGUCAAUAAUAGUGAGAAUAUCAUUCAAAAGUACGGUAAUUCUACUGCAGUCAUUCUCAAUACUUCAUUGCAAAACUAUAAGGUUUCGUAUUUAACUGAAAUCAUUCCAAAUCCGGAAACAGAUUUAUCAUUUCAUUUUGGUUUUCCAACAGAUGGUGUCAAAAUUCAGAAUACAUUUUUCGAAAAUCCAAUUGAUUUGCCUUACUAUGAAUACAAUGGUGUGAUUUACAACUAUACGAGACAAUUUUUCAAAACCGUAGAACCCAUACAAAUCAAACUUGACUACUGGUAUCUAACUGCCACUGGUCCGGUUUCUAUGAAAAUUGGAGGUCAAUUUGUUCCAAACUACAAUUACACGACAGCUGCUUCAGCUACAACUGGCCUUAUCAUGAACAAUGAUAAUGAUAUGUUUCAAUAA